AUGCGUCACCAAGCCAUCACGGAAGCGACCUGCCAUCACCCGAUUCUGGUCAUGAAGUGGGGACUGAUGAUGACGAUUGCGAUCCUGGCGACGGCGCUGGAGGGGGCACCUGUUCGUGCCCGAACCCUUGAAGAGUCCCAAGAUGUGGCCCAGCAAAUCCGAGACAAGAACCAGCGGCACCUGGAUGGCAAGGCGCGGAUUCGGGAAGCCCAAGAAGGCCGCUUCUGGCGCAACCACUUGUGA